GAAGUUGGAGCUCAGGAUUAAAGGUGGAUCGGAGGCAUGGAAAACGCCCGCUUCCUUCAGAAGCAUCAGAGGAGAAAGAGAGGGAGGAUCCUCCCCACUACAACCAUGAUUUCUCUUCUAACUACGAAUCUUCCUGGACGGAAGCUGACAUGUCAGCCAUGGUUUCUGCUCUCACUCAAGUUAUUGGAACCACCGAAGGGCAUGCUGCCGUGCAACCAAACCCUACAUCCAUCUCAGACUCAUCACCCCUAGUCAAACAAGAACCCGACCGCUCUGAACCGGUUCAAGAUCAAGAGACCGUAAGGAGGCGACACUAUAGAGGAGUGAGACAAAGACCUUGGGGCAAAUGGGCAGCUGAAAUACGUGACCCAAAGAAAGCAGCCAGAGUUUGGCUUGGGACUUUUGAGACCGCCGAAGAUGCUGCCAUUGCCUACGAUAACGCAGCUCUCAGGUUCAAGGGCACAAAAGCCAAGCUCAACUUCCCCGAACGAGUUCAAGGUAAGACCGAUUUUGGCAUCCUAAUGGGCAGUUCUGGUACUACAACAAACAGUAGCAGUGGUGCUGCCUCUACUCAACGAACACAAAAUCUCAUGAGACCAGCUGGCCGUAUUGUUAAUCCUCAGACAGCUCCUGCUCCAUUAAUCACGUCGCAGCAGCAAACUUUCCCUGAUCUUUAUCAGUACGCGCAGCUUCUUUCCAGCAAUGAUGCUGAUUUCUGCAAUUAUUCUUUUUAUCCAUUUAAUCAAGAUCCAAGAUUUACUUCACAGUUUUCUCCAUCAUCGACGAAUUUGUCAUCUUCCACUGCAUCACAUGAUUCACAACCAUCGCAACAAAGACGACAAGAUCAUGAGGAGGAUGCGGGGAAUAAGGACUGGAAUUCGAGUAAUCCAAGGGAGUAGCACUAUUAUGCGUUAUUUAAUUUUGAUGCGGUUCAAUUUUAUGUAUUAUAUCGAGGAAGUUUAAUAUUUUGAGAGCAUUUGUUUGUUCAAUUAGUACUAGUUAGCUAGGAUUAUCAUUUCAGGUUUUUAUUUUUUUUCCUUUUUAUGGAUAUAUAUGUAUUGCCUGGGUUUUUUACGUAUUUUUGCAGCCAUGCCCUGAUCGAAUCACAACCCUAAUACAUCAUGCAUCACUGGUUCA